AGUUAGACAAAGUUACAUUUUCCAGAACAAAUAAACAUGUCAGAAAACAGUUUCAAGGCCAGGACAGGGAAACUGGGACAAGGACAUUAGGAGUCAGGAGAAGAGUCAUGAGGGCAAAGGAAUGUGUGAGAACCCAUCACUGAACGGGACCGACACAAUGAACGCCGUGUGCAGAAGCAAAUCUUGAGGAAGGUAAUGAUCUGAAGGUGAAGGUGAACCAACGACGUUCUGUGAAACAAUGGGUAAAGCUGACAUUUGGCUGAUUCGAACAUAUUGGGACUUCGAUUAUCCCCGGCCAUUUCUGCCUAAUUUUGUAUUUGUAGGAGGAAUACACUGUCGGCCAGCAAAAUCUUUACCUCAGGAGAUGGAAGAAUUUGUUCAGAGUUCUGGAGAGCAUGGUAUUGUGGUGUUCACUCUGGGCUCAAUGAUUAAGAACCUAACAGCUGAGAGAGCUGAUGUCAUUGCUGCUGCUCUGGGGCAGAUUCCCCAAAAGGUUCUUUGGCGCUAUGCUGGUGAAAAACCGAAAACCUUGGCUCCUAACACGAAGUUGUAUGAUUGGCUGCCUCAAAACGACUUGCUUGGACAUCCGAAAACAAGAGCAUUCAUCACCCACGGUGGCACAAAUGGCAUCUACGAAGCCAUUUAUCACGCGGUGCCCCUGAUUGGCAUUCCCAUAUUUGCUGAUCAGCCUGACAACAUGUCUCACAUGAAGGAAAAGGGAAUGGCCGUGGUCCUGAAUUUUAACACAAUGACAACGCUGGAUUUGGUUGAUGCUCUCAACACUGUGAUCAACGACCCAAGGUACAAAGAAAAUGCAAUAAGGUUAUCUUCAAUUCAACAUGAUCAGCCAAUGACGCCUUUGGACACAGCUGUUUUCUGGAUCGAGUUUGUAAUGCGUCACAAGGGAGCUAAACACCUGCGCCCGGCUUCACAUUCUCUCACGUGGUACCAGUACCAUAGCUUGGAUGUGAUAGCUUUCCUGUGCUUUUGUUUAGCAGUUGCUUUGUACAUCCCCAUAAAGUGCUGUAUGUAUUGUUUCAGAAGGUGCAGAAGCAAGCUGAAAAGAAAAGGCAAAAAGGACUAAUUAAAUCCGUCCAUUUGUUAAAGACAAAUAAUCUUUAAUUUUUACAUUCUCUAAUCUUUUCAGGGCUUUCAGUGGAAAUUCUACUCUUAAUUGCUGCACAAAGUUCACUAUGUUUAAUGCAAAAAGUAGUUAUUAUUGUGGAAAAAUUCCACCCGGGUAUAGGUUUUGUCUAACUUCUUAGUGUUUCAGAUCAUCCAGAUUUUAACAAAUUUUUAAAAGCAGUCCUAAUUUUAAAAGUGUUUUUACGCAAUUUCUUUUAAUACUGCAAUCAGCUCUUCAAUAUUAUUAAAAAUUAUCUUCUAAGAAGUUUAUUGAAUGGACCAUACAAACGUUUUUAAGGGGCAACAACAACUUGCAUUUAUAUAGCGCCCCUCACGCAGGGUAGUGUCCCAGAGUGCCAGUGGAGGCCAAAUUGAUUUCCACCAGUUGUGUUCUUAGCACAGAGGGGCAAGUUGAUGGGCUACUCAAAAUCUCUCUUAAGGUGAUAUCUCAGUCAGGCUCUGGUAAAUUUGCCUACAGUUGGGGCUGCUGUGCGACCAUAAUUUAUACCCUUUCACUCACAAAAAUCUCAUUAUAAAUUGGGAACAAAGUAAGUUUGCAGGUCUUGUGUUUUCCUAUUGGAAAACACGGUUCUAAAACUUUGAAAGUUGUAAAGAAAAAGGCUUGUGAAAGGGCGACAUAGACGGGCUACAUUUAUGUAACACAACAUCAAAAGCUGCUUUAUAAUAUUAUUGCUUAAAUCUCCUUGAAAUAUUGAAUUAAAACCCCAAAUUAAAUGUCUCUACUCUGAAUUUAAUUAAGAGGAAACACAAUGGAGCCCAUGCCUGCAUUGUUGGAAAGUUUAGGUAUGUCUAAUUAUCAUUGUAAAUACCACAAACCCACCACACCAACACUACACACAUGGAACAUUGUAACACUCCCUCCCAUGGGUUUUCUACUUGAAAUGGUUAAAAUUGCAUGGAUAGUACUGACUACAGUCAUGUUAACAAUAUAAGCCAUCACUAAGAAUACUGCAGUGUUGGGAGAGGUGUGGAAGUCCGUGAUAAUGUAUGUGAACAGUUAUCAGCGGUUUCAUGUUCAGAAUAUAACAUUGAUUGUUAUGUCUGUCUGGUAUCCUCCAAACCUUCUCAAAUGAGAUUAAAAACUAUAAAAGAAA